CUAGACAAUCUCCUGAACUCCAAACUGAAUGUCAGAAUGGGAAAGAAAGAUGCAGUUUGACACACAUUCCCUCCCUUUAGCUCCAGCAACAGAGAUCCAGAUCAACCCGCCCCCUCACAGCGGUAAAACAGAGUUCAUGUCACCCUGCAUUUCCCUGAGGCAAACUGAUGGCUACACCCAGAGACCCAGACGUACAUACACAGCAAGACAAGUUGCCUAGGUCUUCCCAGCCAUCGUAUGAGGCGCCUGAAAAUACAGAGGAAUGUAGCAAGGGUUACGGAGACAUUGGCUACCAUGGCUCAGACAUCCACACUCCUGUGUUGGACCAGCUGGCGGCAGAGGGGGUCAAACUUGAGAAUUAUUACGUCCAGCCUAUCUGCUCACCCUCUCGCAGUCAACUCAUGACAGGGCGCUACCAAAUACACACUGGACUCCAGCAUUCGAUCAUCCGAUCACGUCAACCGCUCUGCCUGCCCCCGGGCAUCCCUACACUACCAGAGCGUCUGGUUGAAGCUGGUUACGCUACACACAUGGUGGGAAAAUGGCACCUGGGCUUCUGCAGGCCAAGCUGCCUACCCACAGGACGUGGCUUUCAGAGUUUCCUGGGCACACUGACUGGCAGUGGGGACCACUUCUCCUAUCGGAGCUGUGACGGGGCUGAAGCUUGUGGAUUUGACCUGCAUGAUGGAGACAGGCCUGCCUGGGAGAUGGCCGGCAACUACUCCACUCUGCUGUACAUAGAGAGAGUGAAGCAGAUCCUGAGGAGCCACGACCCCCAUAAACCACUCUUCCUCUAUCUGUCCCUUCAAGCCGCCCAUACACCCUUGCAGGUACCAGACCAUUUUUUGCACCGCUAUGAUUCCCAGGAGAAUCGUCUCAGGCGCAACUACGCAGCCAUGCUGAGCUGCCUGGAUGAUGGGGUUGGACAAGUUGUCCAGGAACUGAGGACUAGUGGGCUCUAUCAAAACUCCGUACUGAUCUACUCAUCUGAUAACGGUGGGCAGCCGCUCUCUGGGGGGAGCAACUGGCCGCUGAGAGGUGGCAAAGGGACCUACUGGGAAGGGGGCAUCCGGGCUGUGGCCUUUGUGCAUAGUCCCCUCCUGAAGAAGAAGGGUGUAGUCAGCAGAGCACUGAUCCAUGUUUCUGACUGGUAUCCCACAUUAUUGGGGCUGGCUGGGGCCCCACAGUCCCACCGUGGCCUUGAUGGUCACGAUGUGUGGGGGACCAUCAGCGAGGGCCUACCCUGUCCUCGCACUGAAAUCCUUUUCAACAUUGACCCAGUCUCCAGGAAGCCUGGGGAACCAUAUGACAAGGCGUUGGUACUCAACGGCUUUGGGAUCUGGGACACAGCCGUAAGGGCAGCGAUAAGGGCUGGGGACUGGAAGCUACUGACAGGAAAUGUGGGUGACGGGGACUGGAUACCCCCACAGGCUCUUCCCGGUGGUCCAGAACGGUGGCAGAAACUUGAGAAGCGGCGCAGUGAGCUAGGGAAGUCAGUUUGGCUGUUUAAUGUCACCUCUGACCCCUACGAGAGGUCAGACCUGGCAGAAGCUCGUCCAGAGGUAGUGAAACAUCUGCUGACAAGGCUGGCAGAGUACAACCAGACAGCUGUGAUGCCCAGGAAUCCACCAGAUGAUCCUAUGGCUGACCCUGAGCUCCAUGGAGGGGUGUGGAGCCCCUGGCUGGGCCUGGAGGGACAGGAGGGGGAUAAUGGAGGGGAGGAUGGCAGGAAAGAAAGGAUGAAGAUUAAGCACUGCAAAGUAUGCAAAUUAAAAGCCCUGUUUAAGAAGGUGGAGUCACGCCUGCAGAGGAACACCCUGUUUUUCUAAAUGUCUCAUCUAGCUAAAUUGAUUACACUAAAGGCUUCAGUAUGCUUCAAAUUAAUUAGGUUGUACAUGUGUUGUCUAAGCACAUCUGAAGGCAAAACUGUUAAUACCUGUUCCCAUUGGCCACGCUCAAAGUUGGGGCAAAAAGCCUGCGGUGAGGUGCAAUGAAUCAUACAAAUGCGGACAACGGCACACAGUCGUAUAUAGUCUCUCCUCAAAGGCAUUCAUGGUGUGCACGUGAAAAGUUGCAGAAGUAGUUUGAAGAAUGAAAAAAGAAUCCUGCAUACUUUUUCAUCUCCAGACUCCUGGUCAGUCACUGUGUAAGUUGGCGUGCUAGUAUUGUCAAUUUUGGAAAGUUGCUAAAAUUUGCAAAUGCAGGUGGGUGGCGUGGGGGGGACUGUUCAAUCAUCUGGCAAGGACUUAAUUUGAAGCAUACUGACACCUUUACCAGGGGGAAGUUAAAGGGAAAAGGAGAUGGAGACAAACAAAAAUACAGACAAGCAGGCAGGUCAGAUAGACAAGAUAAAGCCACAAUCAAAUACUGAAGGUCGGCAGAUAAACAGGCAGCCUGAUAGAAAAGCAGAAAGGGCUGUGCGGCUGGCUAAGCAAGCUGACUCACACUGCCCUGCAGCCAAACUGCAGCAGGGUGACUUUGGGCCGUCGUUGGACUGCGUAAGGAGCAAUCUGUGUGUCAUUGUGCAUGUAUGCCUGUAUUUGUGAAUAGUUUGACUGCAGAUAGAGCGCAUGCAUGUGGAAGUGAGGCCUGAAGAGAUGGAAAGAGGAUAUAAGGGUGACGUCUCGAUGUCUCAUCUCCUAAUCAUCCGAGAGAACCCUUCAAGGACGACACAAAGACACCCCGGGGGUGGUUUUUAUCAAAUGUCACCUCGUUCUUUUGUUAAGGGGUUAUACAGAUUCACUUCUUUUCAUACUAUAGCACACUCUUCUGCCUUUGAAAGCCCUUUGACCACCACACAAUAUCCAGUGCCAACCGUAAUGACUAACCAACGAAAGCUCAGUAGCUAAUGCUUUCAGUCUUUUCUGGACUUUUAAAUGUUAAAUAACUCAUGUACUGUGUUAUGGAAUGCUGGAAAUCUAAUUCAAAUUAUCUAAAUAAAAAAUCAAUGCAAAAAGAUCAA